GAUAAGGAACUAGGAGAAAUAUGUCUGUGUAAUCAGAAGCACUUGAAUGCAAUGUAUGAGAGUGUUAACUGUAAAUACUGAGGAUAUAUACUAAGUCCUACAACCUUUUGAUAUAUAUGUGUGUUAGUGAGUGUAAGAUUACCACCUCCACCGACAGGUCCCUGAUAGUCGAUCCAUAAUCAAACCCUGCUCUGGCCUCGGGCUGUACAGGAGCUGAAAACUCCAGAGCUCGUGUGACUAAUUACUAGACUAGGACAGAAAGUUCCUAAUCUUAAAUCCAUGUGUUUGUUUUUAUUCCUUUUUCUAAAGGGAUUUGUUAUCCUAUUACAGGAUAUUUAUUCCUUUCAGAAUUGAAAUGGAUUAAUGAAUGUCAAAAGAAGUUAGUACAAAGGAAAAAGGAAAAGUGAUUGGAAUAUUCUGAGAGCAUUAUUACAGAACCCAUGUCAGGUGCGGUAAAUAAGGAUUCUGGGGUGCCAGCCAGAGAAAACACAAUGGUAGGCAGCUGGACACUGUGGACCUCAUCUGCAAGAAACAACAGGGCCGACUGCACAGAUGGGAUGGAAAGCAUUGCUGGAGAGUGAAGGCUUCAGGAAGUGGGAGUCGUUUGUAUUCUUCAAAUGAUGGAAUACAGGCAUUUGUUUUAAUCUUUGAAAAAAUUUAUCUUCCCAAAACACAUGUUGCAUGCCACAAAACAAGAGGCGACUGGAAUGAGAAUAUACUCUUAGUUUGAAAAGUAGAAACACAGACAUCAGUGUUUUAUUAUGAGAUAGUACAUCGAUAAAGGAUGGAUAAAGAUUUGAAAUUUUAAUUUAAUGGAAUUUAAGAAGCACGUGGACCUGACUUUGAGUGUUCUUGUAGAUAUUUUUUAUCUGUGAUAUUAUGGUUUAGAGUGAAGAGUUGACUUGUUAAUGGGAUGAUAAAUAUUUGAUGAAGAGCCAUUCGUUUUUCUGAUGGGUACAUUCAUACAAAGGAUGCUACUGAGAGCGAGGAGUAGUAUUUUAAUGUUGGAUUAGAAGAAAUGUGUGUAUAUUUCCCUUUAUCACAAGUGAAUUUUUCUUGAUAAAAAAUGGCAAAUUCUGAACGUGUUCCAUUGGAAACCAUAAGAAAACGCUCUGAGAGAGCUGUGGAAUAUUACAAAAACUGUGUUGUUCCUGCAUAUCAUGGAAGGGGAAAUGCAGGGUCACCAAUGAUAACUCAAGGUCAUGAUUCCAUGGAAAACAUGAAUGGAAUAUAUACAUCACAAAAUGGAAAUACAGACCAAGAUCCCAGGGGAACAAAAGGAGGUGUGACUUUUCAAGAUUCUUCGGGAUCAUCAAACAGCACAGUGAAACACAAUGAUAGUUUUACCAGAGGGGGUCAUCGGGCCACAUUUCAUGGAACUCAUUCCUCAAAAUGGAAAUCAGGAAAAUCUCGUUCAAAAGAAAAAUCCAAAUCUCCUGAGUCAGAUUCCAAAAGUAAAAAAACUAGUCAGGGUCUGAGUAGAAGCAAUAGCAACUUGGAAAUGGACAGCAUAGAUUUCGAUGAUGCUGCUGAUUUUCAUAAUAGCUCCAUGCGAAGAGACUAUGGAAGCACUUCCUCGUUAGAUGUACUGAGUACAAGUGGGGAUGCCAGCUUUUUUGCAAUGAUCAAAGACUUUGGACAUAGAAACUUGGAUCAAAGGAGUCCAGCUCCUGCCCAAAUGCAGGAGUUCUUAAGGGGUAGAAUAGACAGCAACAAAGAAAGAAUAGGAGGCAGAGGGGACAAGUUUUCAAAUGGUUCCACUACUCCAGACAGAGGAGGUGUAGAUGAUGUGGAUGGAAGUCCUCGUUCAAAGAGCAUGAAAAUGAAAAGUGGAAAAGAGCGGAAAACAAGGUCAAAGUCCAUAACAAAUGACUCAAGAACAGGAAAUAUUCUGAACAAAUUCCGAGGGAAACAAGAGGUUGAAAUUGGUACAAAAAUGACUGAUUCCAUAAACUCUGAAAUAAAAGCAGAGGAGAGACUUAGGAAAAAGGCAUUUGUUCACUAUGAUUGUCAAAGUUUGGGCUUUGACAUACAGUCAGUAAUCAAUAAAAAGUCAAAUUCAAAUGUGUCUAAAAAUACCUCAACUGGUGCUUCAGCAGCAUCUGGUCAAGUGAGAAGUAGCAUGGCAGGGGAGAGGGACGCCCCAGACAUUUCUACCGACACAGACGACGGUGAUGGAAAAUCAAAUGCCCUUGUUCAAUCAUGUCCAUUCUUCAGAAACGAACUUGGUGGUGAAGAGGAAAGAACCAUAAGUGCAGGGCGAAAUGUGGCAGGCAAGUCGUCCAACAGAAACAAUAAUAUUUCUCCAGGAACUAGUGCAAUAACGUCCACCAGGUCUCCUGCGUGUUGUGGACUCUCCAUUUUAGACUCUCUUCCCACUCCUACGGGACUCAUCCUGGCUCAUGUGGUGUUGCACCGAGGCCAUGUGAUUGAGUAUGUUGACCAUGGUUCCAGCUACUACCGACAUUUCUUCUACGGAUAUGAGCACCAGAACUAUUACGGUAUUGAUGAUGCUGUAGGUCCAGUGGCCAUUAGCAUUAGAAAAGAGAAGGUGGAUGAUAGGGAAAACAACCUCGGACGUGCUGAUUAUGGAUCCAACCAGUUCCGAGUCAUUGUUAGAACCAGUGAACUCACUACACUGCGAGGUGUUAUUCUGGAGGAGGCUAUCCCCACCUCAGCUAGCCGACUGGGUGGCUCCAGGACCACCACAGUCAAAGAUGUCAUUGAGUACAUAUGCCCUGACCUUCAAAGUUCAUGUCUGAAGCUGGCCUCAUCAAGUCAAAAAUCCCUGGACCAACUCCUCAAAGUUGACCAACAGGGGGUGAAUCAGACAUACAAAGUAGGCAUCAUGUACUGUAAGGCUGGUCAGUCCUCAGAAGAAGAUAUGUAUAAUAAUGAGCAUUCUGGACCAGCGUUUGAGGAAUUUUUGAGCUGUAUAGGACAGAAAGUUCGACUUAAAGGUUUUGAAAAAUACAGAGCACAGCUAGAUAACAAAACGGAUUCUACAGGCCAGCAGUCGGUGUACACCACCUUUAAUAAUUGUGAGAUGAUGUUCCAUGUGUCCACCAUGUUGCCUUACACCCCAAACAACACACAGCAGUUAUUACGCAAGCGUCACAUUGGAAAUGACAUUGUAACCAUAGUCUUUCAAGAGCCGGGGGCUCUACCCUUCACCCCUAAAACCGUCAGAUCCCAAUUUCAGCAUGUUUUCAUUAUUGUCCGAGUCCAUAAUCCUUGUACAGAUAAUGUUCACUACAGUAUUGCUGUCACAAGGUCUAAGGAUGUUCCUCCUUUCGGUCCUCACAUCCCAGAGAAUGCAAUGUUCACAAGAUCAGACCAGUUUGCUGAAUUCCUUCUUGCCAAAGUCAUUAAUGCUGAAAAUGCAGCUCACAGAUGUGAAAAAUUCAUUGCUAUGGCAACCCGCACCAGAACCGAAUACCUCAAGGAUCUAGCUCAAAACCAUGUCACCACAACCACACUGGAUUCUGGCUCCAAGCUCAGUAAGUUUUCUCUUGGAAGCGGUCGUAAGAAAGACAAAGUAAAACAGAAAGUUGUGCCGGAUAUAUAUGCAUCAGGAGCCAUUAUUUGGAAUGUACAGGUGGAGGACUUUGGUUCAGGCUCCCAGACAGACGCCGUGUUAGCCAUCUCCUCAGAAGUCCUAGUCAUUCAAGAAGAGAGCUCUAAAAGUGUUAUCUUUACCGUACACUGUGGAGCCAUUAUUGGCUGGACAGCUCAAGCUAACAGUAUCAAGAUAUACUUCAAUCAAGAGGAGAGUAUUUUGAUACGGCCCCUCAGUGGUGAGAUGGAGGAAACAGAGGAGAUCUGCAUUCGGCUUAAGGCUGUUACUCCAGGAUGUCCAACUGAGGAAAAAACCCUGAAGAGAAAUGGCCUUGGUCAGCUCGGGUUCCACAUUAAUGCUGAUGCCAUUGUGACUGAUGUUGAGAAUAACAGCUUUGCUCAUGAGGUGGGACUGCUGAAGGGAAGUCGUCUUGUGGAGAUCUGUAAGGUGGCAUCCACCAAUCUUAGCCAUGAGGAUAUGGUGGAUCUGUUGAGAACCUCACAGACAGUGAAAGUGACAUUGAUAUCACCAAUGGCAGAUGGAACGCCAAGGGGUGUCACCACAUUACUCACUAACUGCCGAUACACGUCAUUAAAUACCCUCAAGGCCGCCUGCAAGGCCACACAAAAUGUGCAACAGAGACAAAAAGAGGCUCUGAUGGGACAAAAAUCGGUCCCACUUAACUUCUUAAAUGGCUCCCACCACAGUCUGUGUAAGACGUCCUCGGAUUCCUCCGAGUAUGCACACCAAAGACAUCAGACAGACCUCAACAUUUCCACAGAGAUGUUGAGCAUGGAGUUUUUACGAACCGAGUUUGCCAGCAUUUUUUCUGGCUCCAAUGAGAACUUGUACUCUCCUGAUGAGCAGCCAUCUCAGUUAUCCAGCAGCUCGAGUGAGCAGUCAUUCCAUCUGCGUGACUCGCUGACCUCUAACUCAAGUCUGAGACUAGACAUCCGAGAUUCAAGACUGUCAUCCAGUUCCAGUGAGUUUGCCACAAGUCCCACCCAGAAGGAGCCCCCCUCAGCAGAAUCCCCAAGUCAGAGGGGGUCUCAGACCCUCCCUCACCACAGAAAGCCUUCAGCCCCCACUAGGGGUGACAGACAUUCUCCAGUGAAGAACCUCUUGCCUGGUUAUCGUCCCAUUACAACAUCCAGUCUUCAGAGAGGAGCAGGGCUCCAUCAUGCCUUCACAGAUUCAUCCCUGUUUACUAAAACUGGUGGUCCUUAUGAUGAAGGAUACAGUUCUCGACAUACCGAUACUCUGAGGUCAGAGGACGGGAAGCAUGAGAGGUCAGGCUCGCGGGACAGUGGAGACUACCAGUAUCUUAGUGGAGCUCCUAGACCGUGGACAAGCACACGCACCACAUACAAUCAGAUCAGGAGACAGGAUCCUGCGAAUUCCAGUGGUGACUCGGGUUCCUAUGGGAGUUCUAUUCAUGGGUCUGAUAGUGUUCCAUCAGGCAUGUCUUCGUUACAGUCUAGUAACUUCUCACGGAAAUACUCUGCUCCAGGGGGAGAUUAUUCUGCCGUACAACAUGGCAAUAUAUCACUGGAAUUAAUGAAACAGACUCAGAACUCUAAGUAUCUAUUGAGCCAGGGUCAGGAAGGUACUGUUAGGAGUACUAAUUCUAGUGUGAAUCUUAGUGACACUUCAUUCUCGAGUGGAUCAUCUCACAACUCAGGAGCGUUGCCAGGACAACGAGGUUACAGUGACCCAAGUUACCAUAGCAACAGCUCCAGAGAUGAUUUAACCAAUGUUGGUAAGAAAAGAGCAGAUCCUACCUCAACAAACAGCAAAGGUCGGCCGGGGGGUCACAGAAGAACUCACCUGUCCGAGAUCUCCCCUCUCAGCAGUGAAAAUGGCAGUCCCAGAUCAUCUCAAAGGAAUCUAAGUGGGAUGUCAUCAGAGGAGUCGUUAAAUACUCGUCUUCGUCCUGGAGUACAUGGUAAACACUCCAAGACUCAGUCCAAUGAACUUCAGGAGGACCUCAAACGCCUAAUUGAUAUGGACAUCAAAAACAGUGACCUCAGAGGAAUCCUUCAGAACACUUCUACGGAAAGACCAUCGUUUUACCUGAAGAGGACAAUGUCAGAUGAGAGCCUCCACAGUCAGAAAGGUGCCACUAUUUCUCCCACCCGGGAUGCCAUGGUGGCCGACCUCAUUUUCUCCACAGCCCCUCCCGUCCCUGCCCUGCCCAAGGAGGUGCUUGGAGAUGCAAGGUUGUCGCCUCGUGCAAUGCUGGACAGUGCAAUGGCAGCUAAAGCUCGUCAGGUGUUGAGUCGUAAUGCUGCAGCCUCCCAGCCAAAGACCCAGCAGAAUCCAGUCCCCCUCCCGGAGUCGGCAGCGAGUCUGGACUGGUCCAACUUAGUCAAUGUAGCCACAAAGGCCAUAGAAAGUACAGAUGGAUCCAAGUCCCAGAAUUCCUCAGUACGGGAUCCCAAAGACAGAGCCCUACCUCCUGAGCCUGUGAAACCAAUGGGCAGCAAACCAAACACCAGUUGCACCAAACCCCCAACAAGUCAGACACAGGGGAGUUCAGUAUGGCGGUCUACAGUUUCCAAUCCACAGCAGAGAAUUCAGGAACUGGAAGCCAAAGUGGAACAGUUAGAGGUGGACCUUGAUAAGGAGAGGAAGGAGAAUGCGGAUCUGGAGGUAGAGGUACAGUCCCUGAGAAGAGACAAUAUCCGCCUUCAGGAGGAGUCCCAGACUGCCGCGGCUCAGCUCCGGAAAUUUACCGAGUGGUUCUUUCAGACUAUAGAUAGACAGUAGGAAUCAAUCUAUUUAAAGGGAGAUAACUCGAAAAAUGCUAGUGAUGUUAUUAAAUUAAGUGUUGUGUUACUCAUAUUCUAGUGAUAUUUUAAUGUGAUAACGAUUCUAAAUUCAUGAAAUCCAUGACUGCUUAAACUAUGAAAUAAAGUAUUUUGAUUAAGAGUGUGUUUGAACUGAAGCAUUACGAAAUUCAAAAGUGUUCAUGUAAAUCAUGUGGUAACCCAUACACGGGUUUACAAUGUUGGUGCAUUCAAUUGUGAAUAUUCAUUGUUUUCAUUGACAUUAGUUUUAGUUAUUGUAUUCAUAGUUUAGACAUUUGUUUACUGUGAGCAUUACAAUGAAAUACUCGUUAUGUUGUUGAUAAAUUCAUGUGAUCAAACUGUAUAUCGCAGAUUUCAUGUUAAAAGGAAAAAGAACUUCAUAUGCGGUUGUGUACUGAAAGCGAUAUUUUGUGUGUUUGUACUGUAUAUAUCUACCAACACAUGGUUUUUUCCCCACAGGAGCAAGUUUUGCCAUUCAUAAUGCAAAAACAUGAAAAUCUAAAUCAUUUGUACAUUGUGAUGGAGAUUCAGACAAGCAUUAUUUAUCUUGAAUUACAAGACAUUUCAUUGUACAACUUUAAGCCAUACAUGUGAAUUUUAAUCAUACAAUAUUGUAAAUAAAACCACUGGUAUAUUGUAGUAUAAGUGAAACCUCUGGUAUAUUGUAUUGUAAGUGAAACCAUGGUGUAUUGUAAGUGAAACCACUGGUACAAUGUACUUUACACUUGGACCUUUGCACUUCUGUACUGAAUAUCUAGUCAGCUCACUAACUGAUUCAUUUUGUACAUAUAAUAACCAGCCUGCCUUGUGAUGAUCUGCAUACACCAUUCCGUGUCGGCACAUAAGUGGCCUUCCAUAAAACUACCAUUUCUUGUGUAUUAUAGCCAUGUUUAUUUCAUUUAAUAAAAUGUUAUAUGUAUAUGUCUAUAUUUUGUAUAUAAUGUAAAUCUCUAUUAAAUUAUCAAUAUUCAUA